CACGGCUAUCCUCCAACUCUAAUUCAAUAGGAUCUGAGCUGCAGUUGCUGCUCCGUCAACGUCAACAGACUCACUAUUUCAGCGAGAUCGCACACAUACUCAAAUCCCGAGAGGUGGAGCGGUUGGUCGGAACCACAGACUCGGCUUGGGAGAUUUUACAUAGCCGAACAUGACGGCAAAUCUUGUGUAAAUCUGCACAGAGGAUUCUUGUUUUUCCUCAGAUCAUUUUAUUCUCGCAGACUGAUUAAUGCAAAUCGACAGGAAACGCAAGAAGAAACCAAGAGCGACCUUGCCGCGGAUGCGAGAGAGCAGUGAUGCUGAGGGAGGAACUGUGACAGGAGAGCAGGAAAACAAAAAGAUAAGAAUAAAACCAGCGCCGAGGAGAAGUUCUGCUGAAUAUCGGAGUCAGAUGUGUCAGGUGUUGACUUGCUGAAAGCAGAUCCUGAGUAGCGAGCAGACCCACCUAACACAGACUGGAGGAUGGUCCCCGGGGCCCCUAGCACGACCACCACCAUGCUCCCCGCCUCCGAAGCUGCCAAAAUCUACCAGACCAACUACGUCCGCAACUCCCGCGCUAUCGGCGUCUUGUGGGCCAUCUUCACCAUCCUCUUCGCCAUCGUAAACGUGGUGUGCUUCAUCCAGCCCUACUGGAUCGGAGAUGGCAUGGACACCCCGCAGGCGGGCUACUUCGGUCUGUUCCACUACUGCAUCGGAAACGGGCUGUCCCGGGACUUGACCUGUCAGGGCAGCUUCACUGAGUUCAGCAGCAUCCCCUCAGGUGCCUUCAAGGCUGCUUCCGUCUUCAUCGGCAUGUCCAUGGUGCUGGUCCUCACCUGCAUCGGCUGCUUCGCGCUUUUCUUCUUCUGCAGCACCGGUACGGUGUACAAGAUCUGCGGCUGGAUGCAGCUGGCUGCAGGUACAUGUCUGAUCCUGGGAUGCAUGAUCUAUCCUGACGGCUGGGACAGCGACGAGGUAAAACGGAUGUGCGGUGAACAGACAGACAAGUACACAUUGGGGGCCUGCUCGGUGCGUUGGGCCUACAUCCUGGCCAUCAUGGGCAUCAUGGACGCCCUCAUUCUCUCCUUCCUGGCCUUCGUCCUGGGCAACCGUCAGGACAGUCUGAUGUCUGAGGAGCUGCUGGGAGACAAGACCGGAAAUAAUGCCAUUUAACUUCUGGAAAUGCAAAAGCAGUCACACACACGGCUUCCAGCCGUGAAGGGGUGUCAUUUCAGGAUCCAGCUUCCAUCUCCUGGUCCUACUGGUGGCUGGGAUGCAGACCUGAUGGGAAUUAUCAGAUGGAAGUAGAAGAGGAGACGAUCUGGAAGAAGCCAUACACCCUUGUGUUGGAAACUAAGAUGCCUCUUGACAUCUUUGAAAGCUCCCUCUGUAAAAUAGUGUUCAUAUUAAACUCCAACUGCUUGUUUUUUGCAGGACGAGUUCCCUAAAACGACUUUGUCAAGAGUUCACUUGCUUUGUUAAUACAUCAUCUUACCCAAGAGGUUCACACUGAAAUGUGAGGAAGGCUGCCAGCGCACAAGUUCAGAAGAAGAAAAAAGAUGUGUGGUGACCUGACAAACAUGGUGGCAGCUCAGUUAAAUCAAAUCAGAACUAAUUAACCAGACUAACUGACACAAAUAAGGACUUAACAGACUUCAUGUUUAACAUGUCAGACCUUCUCUCUUAUCAAGUCAACUCCCUCUGUUUUGUAGGAGAACAGUUCGUCUACAAAGUGAGGACUGAAAAUAGGUUGAAGAACCAAACAGAAAAACUGUAUUGUCUUCUUAUAUUUAAAUCUUUGAUGUGAUUGAAUAAUUGGUAGGUAGAGAUUUUUCUGUUGAGGACUGUGCAAAAACAUGAAUAAAAUGAAAUGCACUACAUAGGAUUUAUGAUAUGUGUAAAACUA